AUGAUGGAAAAAUUUGGAUUCCACAAAGUGUCCAAUAGUCCCACUUCGCCAAAUCAACCAAAGAUUACCCACAAUGUGUCGGAUCGUCCGCAUCAUCCUCCGCGCCACGAACCGGUUGAACCUUUCAGAAAACAAUUGAGAGUUAGCAAUGCCCCCGGAAACGACGUUGUGGUUGCCAACUGUGUGGCUGUAAACCCUGGAGACUUUGCCCAUUUCCCAGACAGAACACCAAUAAUCUUGGAUGGCGUUUUCGUGUACUCAAUCGCUAAGGAUGACCGUAUGAAACCAGGCCAUAUCGGUUUGGCCGGAAAUAUGAGGUCAUGGGGUAAGUACUCCUUUGAUCAGAUUGUUCAUGUUGAAACAUAUGAUAUUUUCCAAUCGGGACAACAACAACAGUACCUUGGCGCAAUUGAUCUUCUGAUUGAUUUCGUUAAAGCCAAAGCCAACUCAUCCCCGUUGAAUCACGAUGAUUUGGUAAACAUUUUCCACCAAAAGUAUGACAAUCAGAUAUUGCAGCCUACUCAAGUGAUAUACAUGGACUUCCACGGUGUUUAUUACUCAGUCAAAGUCGAACAAGUUCAAAUUAUUGAUGUAAACACCAAGGAUAAUUUACCUAGCUUCAAAGAUUCGGGUGACAUCAAAACAAAGGGUAUUUUCAUAAAGUCAACUGAUGUAGUAUUUUAUCCAUAUGAGGGAUCAAAAAUCAAUAUAUCAAAGAGCAAGAGCUUGAAAUCAAGAAUAUUCGGUGGUAAUGGCGCACAAGAAUCUCGUCGUCACACCAGGAAACAAAUAAUCAAUCCAGAUUUCAAGUUGGAAGAUUUGGGUAUUGGUGGGUUAGACUCUGAAUUCCAGGAUAUUUUCCGACGUGCUUUCAACUCAAGAAUCUUACCACCAGAAAUUGCAGAAAAGUUGGACUACAAACAUUGUAAAGGUUUGUUGUUGUACGGACCUCCUGGUACAGGUAAGACAUUGAUUGCUCGUAAGUUGUCAAAGAUGUUGAAUGGAAAAGAACCCAAGAUUGUCAAUGGUCCUGAAAUGUUGAGCAAGUAUGUUGGUGCGUCUGAGGAAAAUAUCCGUAAUUUGUUUAAGGAUGCUGAAGCUGAAUACAAACUCAAAGGUGAAGAUUCAGACUUGCACGUUAUUAUAUUCGAUGAAUUGGAUUCAGUUUUCAAGCAAAGAGGUUCAGGAAAAAGCGACGGAACCGGAGUUGGUGACAAUGUAGUGAAUCAGUUGUUGUCUAAGAUGGAUGGUGUUGAUCAAUUAAACAACAUUCUUGUCAUUGGUAUGACCAACAGACUUGAUUUGAUCGAUACAGCAUUGUUGAGACCUGGUAGAUUUGAAAUCCAGAUUGAAAUUGCCUUGCCUGAUGAGAAGGGUAGAAAAGACAUUUUCAUGAUUCAUACAAAAAAGUUGAGAGAAAAUGGAUUGUUAACUUCCGAUGUUAAUUUCGACGAAUUGAGUAUAUUGACCAAGAACUUUACUGGUGCCGAAAUUGAAGGUCUUUGUAAUUCUGCCAAGUCAUACGCCGUUUCCCGUCACACCAAGAAAGGAUCUUUGGCUCAAAUUGAUCCUGAAUCUAUUGCCAAUAUGCACAUUACUCGAAACGAUUUCCUUUUGGCCUUGAAUGAUAUUCGUCCAGCUUUUGGUACCGAUGAAGAGGAUCUUGCUCAACAGGCUCAACAUGGUAUCAUCCUGUUCAACCAAACAAUUGCAAACAUUUUUGACAAGGGCCACUCUAUUAUUGAUGUGGUGAAAUCGAGUGACUCUGAAACAUUAAGAAGUCUUUUGUUGUAUGGACCACCAGGAGUUGGAAAAACUGCCAUUGCUACUACUUUAGCCUUAAACAGUGACUUUCCUUUUAUCAAGAUGUUGUCUGCUGAAACAUUGGUUGGUAUGGGCGAAGCUAGAAAGAUUCAGGAGAUUGACAAUGUUUUUAGAGAUGUUCACAAGUCUCCAUUAAAUGUCUUGGUUAUUGAUAAAAUUGAAAACAUUAUAAACUAUAAUCCUAUUGGACCUAGAUUUUCAAACGACAUCCUUCAAGUCUUGAACGUGUACUUGACCAAGAAGCCACCUAGAGGUAGGAGAUUGUUGAUUAUUGGUACAACUUCGCAGUACUCGGUCUUGAAGCACAUGAAUCUUAUAGAUAGUUUCAAUGAUGUUAUUCCAGUCCCCCCUAUUAAAUCAGUUGAAGAAGUUGGUAAAGUUUUGGAUAAAUUGGGCUUUAUGGCACCAGAACAGAGACUGGAAAUUUUACAUCAACUUGGACAGUAUGAUAUCAACAUUGGGGUAAAGAGUUUGAUUGAUGUAUUGAUGGUUAGCAAGUAUUCAAGAGAUACAGUUGAUGAAGUUGUCAACAACAUUGUUGAAAAAAUGAAUGGUUAG